AUGGAAAACGAAAACGAGCAGCCUCAAGAGCGCCGCGAGCCUCCUCGUCACGCCCAGUCCAACAAUUGGCGCACAAAGAGCGAGGUCACCGACUCGCCGCCCGCCACCUCUGGAUGGAGGGGCAAGGACAAGGACACCACCAACGGAACCCGCACCAACACGCGCUGGGCCGAGCGACCGCAGCGAUCGUGGGGCAACAGGACGAACAGUGAGGAGUCGAGUGCUCUCAGCGAGGGCCGCCGCAUCUACGUGGGUAAUAUCCUCUACGAUGUCCGCCCCGAAGACAUCACCGCCGUCUUCCACGAGAAUGGCUUUGCUACGCUUGAGCAGCUCCACCUGUCCACCGACCCAGUCACAGGCCGCAACCCUGGGUACUGCUUUGUCGAGUUCCCUUCCAAGGAGGAUGCGGAUGCUGCCAUUGAGCACAUGAAUGGCGUGAACAUUAGGAACAGGCCCAUGAAGACUGGCCCGUGCAACCCCAAGCCCCGCCAGACUCCUCGCCAGAGCGACCGCCCGGCCUUUGACCGCUGGGGUGAUUCGCCUUCCAGGGACAAGCCCUCUGGCAACGCCGAUGACACGUACAGGGUCUACGUCGGCGGUCUUGACGAGAUGAGCGACCUGUCGCAGAAUGAGGAGGAGCUUCGCGAAAUGUUCAAGGACUUCAAAAUUGCCUCUGUCAGCAAGCGCAUGACCCCCCACGAAUCGACCCGCGAGAUGCCCGGCAAGCACCACUACGCGUUCGUCGACCUGGUCAACCGCCAGGAGGGCCAGGAUGCCAUCCGCGCCCUCGACGGCACCGACUGGGCUGGGUCCGCCAUCAAAGAGCAGGGGAACAAGAUUUGA